CUUUCUACAUUAUGCUCCUAAAGCAAGACCACUACUAUUGCUACUAGACGGUCACUCAUCACACUACUGCCCUGACACCAUUUGUUUAGCAGCAAAGGAGAAAGUAGUGAUUUUUACAUUCCCACCGAAUACAACCCAUCUGACUCAGCCUCUGGAUAAAGGUGUAUUUGGUCCGUUGAAGUCACACUGGAGAAAAGAAUGCCAUCAAUUUUGUAGCAAUAAUCCUCAUAUGGCUAUCAAUAAGUAUAACUUUUGCUCUAUUUUUUCAAAAGCUUGGAUGCAAGCUAUGACUGUCCAUAAUACCAGAAAUUCAUUUUCAACUACAGGAGUCUAUCCAUUUAAUCGGGAUGCCAUUAAGUUACCCAUUGAAUCGCCCGUUACCACUGAUUUUGCUCAUGACUCUGGACUCUAUAUACCAAUAUAUAUCCCCAAAAAGUCUCGUCAUUUAUGUUCUACUUUUGUAUCACCAGCAGUCCCUCCACCAAGUUUUCUCCUCCUGUUUCAUCACCUAUAUCUUCACUCUCUGAUGAUGAUCUUGUGUUUACCAAGGAAGAAGUUGUUAGAUUUGAACGUCGAUGGGAAAAUGGUUAUGAUAUAAAAACUGAUGCUCGCUAUAAUGCUUGGCUUAAAGCUAAAGGACUCGACUCCUCUUCACCACAUGAUGAUCAGGAGCAAUCCACAUAUCAUCAGCCUUCAUACCGAAGCUCUUUUAGUAGGUUUUUGACACUUCCAUCCCCACCACAGUCAAACACACAACAACAGGUGUAUUCAGACAGAGUAAUUACAUCAGCUGAAAGUCUCAAAUUGCUGCAAGACAAAGAGGAGAAGAAACAAGAAAAAGAGAGACAGAAGCAAGAACGGAUUCAGCAGAAGGAAAUUUGGCAGAUAGCAGCUGAACUAAAACGUCAACAAAAGAAAAAGGGUCAAAUGCAAGAACAGAGUAACUACUAUUGGACUAAAUGGCACUAUUGAGAGCACUAAUACUGGUGCAUCAACUAAAGGACGUAGCACUAGAGGCACUGUUAAUGAUACUGAUACUGAUACUGGUGUAUCAGCUAAAGGACGUAGCACUAGAGGCACUGUUAAGAGUACUGAUACUGAUACUGGUGUAUCAACUAAGGGACGUAGCACUAGAGGCACUGUUAAGAGUACUGAUACUGAUACUGGUGUAUCAACUAAGGGACGUAGCACUAGAGGCACUGUUAAUAAUACUGAUUUUGAUACUGGUGCAUCAACUAAGGGACGUAGCACUAGAGGCACUGUUAAGAGUACUGAUACUGUUACUGGUGUAUCAGCUAAAGGAUGUAGCGCUAGAGGUGUGGCACUUUAUUGUAGGUUAUUAUUAUUAUUGUUAUGUAGCUGUGAAACUCUCGUUGAAAGAGCACACGACUGUUCAGAUCGCUUAUGUAUUGAAGAAUCUCUCACAGAGCUUAUUAGGACUACCAGCUAUCAGGGAGCUGAGGGUCAUUUCUCAUGUGAAUGAUGUUACUGACAGAUCAAUCAAGGAUCAAUACCCAUUGUUGUUCAAAGGAUUGGGUACUUUCAAUCGUAAGUAUGAAAUUAAACUGAAACACAAUGCACAACCUCAUGCACUUUACACUGCACGCACUGUUUCCUUACCACUACGCACAAAAGUCAAGCAAGAGCUGAACCAAAUGGAGAGUCUGGGAGUUAUAACAAAAGUAGAACAACCGACUGAGUGGUGUGCAGGCAUGGUUGUGGUACCGAAAAAAUCAGGGUCCGUUCGUAUUUGUGUUGAUUUUCGGGCCUUAAAUGAGAGUGUGUUAAGGGAAGUACACCCACUCCCUACUGUUGAUGAGACAUUGGCUCACUUAAACGGUGCCAGUGUUUUUAGUAAGCUGGACGCCAAUAGUGGUUUUUUGCAAAUCCCCCUGGCUGAGAGUUCAAAACAUCUGACCACAUUCAUUACCCCUUAUGGCCGAUAUUGUUUUAAUAAACUACCCUUUGGGAUUAGUAGUGCUCCAGAAUACUUCCAAAGAUGUAUGAUGGAAAUUUUAGCUGGCCAAGAGGGAGUUCUUUGUCAUAUUGAUGACAUUAUAAUAUUUGGAAAGAAUAAAAAAGAGCACGAUGAUAGAUUGCAUGCUGCUUUAAAGAAGAUUCAAGCAGCAGGAGUCACUUUGAAUGGUGAGAAAUGUGAAUUCAACAAAAGCCAACUUCUGUUCCUUGGGCAUAUCGUUAAUCAAGAGGGAAUCUCUGCCGACCCAUCCAAGACAUCAGCUAUCUUGAAGAUGAAACAGCCAACUACAUUAACAGAGUUAAGAAGAUUCAUGGGUAUGGUAAAUCAGUUAGGGAAAUUCACUCCCCACUUAUCAGAGUUGGCUCAACCACUGAGAGAGCUCCUUAGUACCAAGAAUGUCUGGAUUUGGGGGGCUCCUCAAGAGAAAGCUUUUCAAGAUAUAAAAGAUGAGCUGGUUAAACCUGCUAUCCUAGCUAUCUACCAUCCUGAUGCUCCUACUAAAAUAAGUUCUGAUGCUUCUGCAUUUGGAUUAGGGGCUGUAUUGCUACAGUAUUCUGGAGAUACAUGGCGACCAGUGGCAUAUGCCUCAAGGUUCAUGAGUGAAACAGAGCAACGAUAUUCCCAGAUUGAGAAAGAAGCUCUGGGGAUAGUCUGGGCCUGUGAUAAAUUUAAAGAUUACUGGUGCGUGCUGGGAAAACACAUUAGUUUGGAAACUGAUCAUAAACCAUUGGUUCCUCUCCUGGGUAAAACAAGCUUAGCUAACUUACCUCCUAGAAUCCUUCGUUUCAGAUUGCGAUUGUCUAGAUUCCAGUAUGAUAUCUCUCAUGUUCCUGGUAAACUACUCUACACAGCUGAUACCCUAUCACGAGCCCCAGUCACUCACGUUUUGAAGGAAAGAGAAGAGGUAGAGAUGGAAUCAUUUGUUCAAGCCAUUAUAUCAUUUCUACCAGCAAAUGAUACUAAAUUACAAGAAUAUAGGCAAGGGCAAGUUGAAGAUGAUAUAUACUCUCAGAUAAUCCAGUGGUAUCAAUCAGAAUGGCCUGAUAGAGGUAGCGUUUCAUCUGUCAUACAACCUUACUGGACGGUUAGGACAGAAUUGUCUUACAUCAAUGGAUUACUACUGUUCAGAAACAGAAUUGUAAUACCAAAGAGUCUACAGAGGAUGACACUGCAGAAGAUUCAUCAAGGUCAUCAAGGCAUAAGCAAAUGCUAUGAGAGAGUUUUGACUGCAGUCUGGUGGCCUGGAGUCUUCAAAGACCUGGAAGCCUUUGUGAGAACUUGCCCACAGUGCUGUCAGACAACCCCACUGACCAGUGAACCCCUCCUGUCAACCUGUAGACCUUUGUCACUGAAAGGGUCAGUUUACUUAGUUGCUGUUGAUUACUUCUCCAGGUUCAUUGAGGUGAAGCAAAUGGCUUUCACUACAGCCACUAAAGUAAUUACUGCAUUGAAAUCUAUAUUUUCUAGAUAUGGCAUCCCUGAAGUUCUGAUGUCGGAUAAUGGUCCUCAGUUUGCAUGUAGUGAGAUGAAAGACUUUGCAACUCAAUACCAGUUCACUCACGUUACUAGCAGUCCACUGUAUCCUCAGUCAAAUGGACUAGCAGAGAGAUCAGUUAGGACAGUGAAAGCACUACUUAAGGAUGCUGAAGAUCCAUAUUUGGCUUUACUUGCUUAUAGAGCAACCCCUUUACCCUGGUGCCACUUCAGUCCUGCUGAACUUUUGAUGGGACGUAAAAUCAGAACUGAUGUACCUCAGACCAAUAAUCAAUUUAGACCUGAAUGGCCUUUUCUGGAUCAAUUUGAAAGAGCUGAGGAGAAGCACAAGAGGAAGCAAAAAGAGAACUUUGAUAAAAGAAAGAAAGCUCGUCCUCUUUCUCCUCUGGAGCGUGGUACACCAGUAUGGGUCAACCUCCAGAAUCGCCAGGUACCUGGUACUGUUACUGAAUCUGCUGAUACGCCCCGGUCGUAUCAUGUAGACAUACCAUUAGGUCCA